AUGGUGAAUGGAAAUGAAAAGAAUAUAGCUAUGACUGCUGCUAAGGAAUAUCUGCCUGCCUUCACUCAGGGCCACGAGUUAGUGCACGUCCUUAGAAAGGUGAUGACCUCUUUGAGGUGGGAGAGUGUGGCUUUCCGUUUUGCAGCCAACUCCGGAAUCCUGCAGCAGUUGUGGUGGCUCGCGGCCCUUUCCAGAAAGCGGGCGUCUGAUUGGUGUUUCCCUGGAGACCGGCGGCCAGAGCUGCUGGAACUACUGGUGUUGGUGCGCCGGCGCGCGCGCUCCCGGGGCUGGCGCGCGCUCCGGACUUGCGCGCGGCAGGGCGGCCGGGGGCGCGCUACGGCCCGAGUAGCAGGCUGGGAGGCCUCCCAAGUUCCCGCGAGCUCAAAUGCCGGCGCUGGCCCUCCACCACCCCGCGACCUCUGGGCGCGGGCGCUGCUAACACCCCGCAGCGUGGGGCCGCCAGCCUCCCUCUGCCUGCCCAGUGCAGGUCCGGAUCUGCGGCCCUCGGGAAAGGCUGGGAAAGAGGAAUCUUGGAGGAGCGCAAGGAGUUCGGAAACUGGAGGAGACGUGUUGUGUUCCCUUUGGAUGAUGGUCUCUCGUUCUUGGGUGGACAUGGACGUGCCACAACUCAUGGGCUGUGCUUUAGUGAUAGAUCUGUUGCAAACUCAGGUGAAAGUUAUGGGAUUCCAAAAGUGGUGGCUUUUGUAACUGGAUCGAUUUGCAUUACAAAGGCCGUUUACUUUCAAUUGUUCUUUUACAAAAGUAGUUCAGCUCAGUAUUUCGCAGGUAAAUAUCGAAGCAUAUUAUUAACAACUUCCUGUCAUAGGCUUGCUCACUGGUUUCAAACUGAUUACUGUUUUAAGGCAGUUUGGGACUACUUUAUCACAGGGUCAAUUAGAAAUAAUCUUAGGAAAAUGCUUUGAAAAUGCUGCCUUAUUAAAACACUCACCUAACAAUAUUCAUUUCUUUCAGUCGCUAAAUAGCAGUCUGAAGGAUUUCUUGUGUUUUCUGAGUUUCUUUUAGUAGUUACUGGCCCUGGGAAAACAAGCUAUGAGAAGAAUUUUAACUGCUA